AUGUCGCGUAGGUACGACUCCAGGACAACGACCUUCUCGCCAGAAGGUCGUCUGUACCAAGUCGAGUAUGCGAUGGAAGCCAUUUCACACGCUGGUACUGUGCUGGGCAUUCUGGCCCGGGAUGGUGUCGUGUUGGCAGCUGAAAAGAAGGUGACAAGCAAGCUGCUGGAGCAGGACAAGAGCAGCGAGAAAAUCUUUCAACUGAGUGAGAAUGUGCUUGCCGGCGUGGCUGGUAUGACAGCUGAUGCAAACUCGCUUGUUAACUAUGCACGCAAUGCGGCGCAAAAGUACCUUCUCUCGUAUGACGAUAACAUUCCCGUGGAACAACUCGUGCAGCGACUGUGUGACUUGAAGCAAGGCUACACACAGUUCGGUGGUUUGCGUCCAUUUGGUGUGUCGCUCCUGUAUGCAGGCUUUGAUGCGCACCACGGAUUCCAGCUGUACCAGUCUGAUCCAUCUGGCAAUUACUCAGGCUGGAAGGCAACGUGCAUUGGCAUGAAUAACGGCACGGCCACGAGUCUGCUCAAGCAGGAAUACAAGGACGACAUGGACGUCAAGCAGGCCCUGGGGCUUGCCGCGCGCGUUCUCAGCAAGACGAUGGACACGACAUCGAUGGAAAGCGACAAGCUGGAAUUUGCUGUGCUGAAGCGCCACGAGCGGACACAAGAGCCACAGCCCUAUAUCCUCGAACCCAGCGACAUUGAUCGCGUCCUGCAGCUUCAUAAUCUGGCCAAGGUGCCAGAGGACGCAUCAUCCAUGGCCGUAGAUGCAUAG